AUGUCUUUAUUUUUUUACCAUUUUCAUACCUUCCAAUGGAAUAUUGGUGCAGUUUUGAUUGCUCUGUCUUGGUUUCGAUUUGUUCAGUUUUUGAAAAUCUGGCCAUAUAUCGGAAUUUAUGUUGUAAUAAUCGAAAACAUUUUUAAAACCUUUGUGAAAUUGUUCAUCGUUUUCACGUUUUUUAUUGUUGGAUUUGGGCUUGGUUUUUUUUGCUUACUUCAAAAUCAGACAUCCUUUUCAACAGCGCCCUACGCUAUUCUUCGCACCUCCGUCAUGAUGAUCGGCGAACUGGAUUUUAACAGUGUCUUCCACGACGACGUAGUCCAUUACUGGAUCACAUAUGUCUUUUUCUAUAUAUUCCUGAUUGUGAUGACCAUUGUUUUAAUGAAUCUGCUGAUUGGUCUUGCGAUUGAUGACAUCAAAGCUAUACAAGACCAUGCUACACUCGAAAGGAUACACAUUCAAAUGAAGAUCGUUCUUGACAUUGAGGGACAUUUAUCAACUUUUCUUGAGAAACCUUUAUGUGAUUCUGUUUACUACAAGCUGUUUGAUAGUUGGGAAGAUAUGAAAAACUUCAUUUCCAAAGAAAAGUAUGAUAAUCAAGUUGAAAACAACCAACACAAGGUCAUACACAAAGUGAAAAAACUAAAGAAAACAAUGAUGGGAAUAAGAACAGAAAUGGACAAACAGGGAGUAAUACUGGAGGAAAUCAAGCGAAAAUUGUUCGAAGUACCACAAUAA